AUGGCGCCCUCAGCGAGCCUCACGAGCUCUCAGCUCAUCAAUGGCGACAUACCAGUCCCCAAAGCGCCUGUCGCCAGCGUAACAGAAAUCUCGAACGGGGAUGUGGCGACUCCUUCUGUUGACGACCAGAAUUCUAGAUUCGCCCUGUACAAGAACCCCUCUCUCUUCGUUACGCCAAACCACACUAUCCAUCUCAAGGAAUCUUCAAUACCGAGGAUACGAUCAACCGAAGUCCUGAUCCACGUCCGUGUCACGGGGAUUUGCGGUUCAGACCUCCAUCUGUGGCAUCGAGGAGCCAUCGGACCUCUCGUUGUCAACCACUCGCACAUUCUGGGCCACGAAGCAUCCGGCGUGGUCCUCGAGGUCGGCUCAGCCGUCACGCAUCUUGCCCCGGGGGACCGAGUCGCGAUUGAGCCUCAGGUCCCCUGUCAGAUGUGCUUCCUCUGUACAUCCGGCAAAUACAAUCUGUGCGAGAAGGUGGCCUUCUCCGGCGUGUGCCACGGCGGCACCAUUAGGCGUUUUCUCGCCCACGAGGCUCGUUAUUGCCACAAACUCCCCGAUAGCAUGACCUUCGCACAGGGUGCGCUUCUCGAGCCGCUGUCUGUCAUUCUGCACGCCAUCAGACAGUGCAAAGGAUCGAUAGGGAUCGGUCAGCCGGUCCUGGUGUGUGGCGCCGGUCCGAUCGGUUUGAUCGCGUUGGCUGCCGCAAGAGCGUCAGGGGCGUGGCCGUUGGUGAUCACGGAUGUCGAGGAAUCACGCUUGGACUUCGCGAGGCAAUUUGUGCCAGGAUGUCAAACGUACCAUGUCCAGCCUUCGAAGAGUCCGCUACAAGCGUCGGAGGAGAUCAGAUUACUCUUCGGCUGCGCGGGCGGUCGCGACGUUGAAAAGGGCAUCCCUGAUGCCGGCGAGUACCAUGCGCCGACAACAGUCCUGGAAUGCACGGGGGUCGAAGCGAGCGUCGUCACGGCCGCGUAUAGCUGUCGGCGGGCCGGAGUGGUCAUGGUGGUCGGGGUCGGGCGGAGUAUCAUGAACAAUCUCCCCUUCAUGCACCUCAGCCUGGCGGAGAUCCAACUCAGGUUCAUCAACCGGUACUCUGACACCUGGCCUGCGGGCAUCAACGCUCUCGCAAAUGGUCAGGUGCUGAAUCUAGACGCCUUGGUGACGCACACGUUUCCGCUGCAAGAGGCUGUCGAGGCAAUGAAGGUGUGCUCUGAUCCUACGAAAAGAAGCAUAAAAGUUCAAAUUGUGGACGAUCAGGAGAUUGUACCGUAG